AUGUCGGGGCGGCAGGAGGAGGCUCUGCCCGCCUGCUUUGCGGGGCUGGGGGCGGGCAGCCCGCGGCCGCGGCAGAAGCGCGGCGGGAUGUUCUGCAGCGUGGAGGAUGCCUUUGACAACAAAACGCUCAACUUCGCCUCGCUCGCUGCCUCCGGAACGGGGACGCCCGUCGGGAGCCGCCGGCGCGACAGCCACCCGGGACGGAGUCCCGACAGGGGACCGAGCCCCGACAGCGACACCGGCCCCAGCCCCGGCCCCGGUCCCUGUCCCAGCCCCGCCGCGGCCGCGCCGCCCCCGAGAGCCGCCGCUCCGGCAGAGCUGCCCGACGGCUGCCGGCAGAGUGACCAGCUUCUAAUCAAAGGAGGAAAAAUUGUCAAUGAUGACCAGUCAUUUUAUGCAGACGUUUAUGUGGAGGACGGUUUAAUAAAGCAAAUUGGAGAAAACCUGCUGGUUCCCRGUGGCACAAGAACGAUCGAUGCGUACGGGCAGCUGGUGAUGCCGGGGGGCAUCGAUGUCCACACGCGGCUGCGGGCGCCCGGCAUGGGCAUGAGCCCGGCYGACGGCUUCUUCCAGGGCACCAAGGCAGCGCUGGCAGGAGGCACCACCAUGAUCAGUGUGAACUCCUUCCUGGUGUUCAUGGCUUACAAGGACAAGCUGCAGUGCACCGAUGGCCAGAUGUACGAGAUCUUCUGCACCCUCCGGGAGCUGGGGGCCAUCGCCCAAGUGCACGCGGAGAACGGGGACAUCAUCGAGGAGGUGCUGUGUGUCACUGAGACCCGGG